AUGGCUCAGAUUCCCAACCUAGAGAAUGCUCCCGUCAAUCUCACAUCCAUCAGGGAACACUCGCAAAAAGAGCUCAUCAACAUCCUCAAGAAUGUUAGAGGAAAAAAGUGUUUGGUCAUUGAUCCCAAGCUUGGAGACUCUCUCUCGCUUAUCAUACAGUCAUCAAUUCUCAAGGAGCAAGGGGUUGAGUUGCGGCAUCUUUCGGCUGACCCAAUUCAAAGUGACUGUACAAAAAUUGUUUUCCUUGUGCGCUCUCAGCCGGAUUUGAUGAGAUUCAUAUGCUCUAAUGUUCACGAUGAUGUAUCUAAAGGAGUACAGAGAGAAUAUCAUGUUUAUUUUGUCCCCCGUCGCACUGUUGUUUGUGAGAAAGUCCUUGAGGAUGAGAAAUUACAUCAUAUGUUUACAAUAGGGGAAUAUCCAUUGUAUAUGUUGCCAAUGGAUGAGGAUGUGCUAUCGUUUGAACUUGGUCUUUCUUAUAAAGAAUGCCUGGUUGAUGGCGAUGCAAGCUCACUUUGGCAUAUUGCAAAGGCCAUUCACAAACUUGAGUUUUCUUUUGGAGUGAUACCAAAUGUGCGGGCAAAAGGAAAAGCAUCUGUGCGUAUUGCAGACAUCCUAAAUCGAAUGCAGGCUGAAGAGCCGGUUAACUCAUCUGAUAUGGUUAUGCCAGAGAUAAAUACAGUAAUCCUCUUGGAUAGAGAGGUGGAUAUGGUUACUCCUUUGUGUUCCCAACUAACGUAUGAGGGGCUACUUGACGAGUUUCUUCACAUCAACAAUGGUUCUGUUGAGAUUGAUGGAUCUAUUUUGGGUCUUCCACAAGAUGGAAAAAAAACUAAAGUCCCACUUAAUUCAAGUGACAAGCUUUUUAAGGAGAUACGGGAUCUCAACUUUGAAGUUGUAGUCCAGAUUUUGCGUCAAAAAGCAACAUCCAUGAAGCAAGACUACACAGAUAUGACAACAACAACGCAGUCGGUUUCUGAGUUGAAGGACUUUGUGAAAAAGCUGAACUCAUUGCCAGAGAUGACUAGGCACAUAAAUCUUGCUCAGCAUCUAUCAACAUUCACAUCAAAGCCAACUUUUCUCGGGCAGCUUGAUAUGGAGCAUACAAUUAUUGAGGCCCAAAGUUAUGACAUAUGCUUUGAGUAUAUUGAAGAAUUGAUCCAUAAGCAGGAGCCUUUAAUAACAGUCCUACGCCUUCUGAUCUUAUUUUCUAUCACUAAUGCUGGGUUGCCAAAGAAGCACUUUGACUAUUUCAGGAGAGAGCUACUGCAUAGCUAUGGAUUUGAGCACAUAGCGACACUAAAUAACUUAGAGAAAGCCGGACUCUUUAAAAAGCAGGAGUCAAGAAGCAAUUGGCUUACUAUAAAACGUACUCUGGAGCUUGUGGUUGAAGACACUGAUACAGCCAACCCCAAUGAUAUUGCUUACGUCUUCUCCGGAUAUGCACCACUUAGCAUUCGUCUUGUCCAGCAUGCCAUUCGAUCUGGAUGGCGCCCUGUUGAAGAAAUUUUGAAACUGCUGCCUGGACCUCAUUUGGAAACUAGAAGGGGAGGGUUCUCAAACAGCCCAUCAUUUGACACUUUAUCAGGGAUUCCAACCAGCAUGGCAAAAGUACCUGAUGGAAGGCGUGCCCUGGUCCUUGUUGUCUUUGUUGGGGGUGUUACAUUUGCCGAGAUUUCUGCACUUCGAUUUCUCAGUGCUCAGGAAAGCAUGGCAUAUGAUUUGGUUAUUGCGUCAACAAAAAUAGUCAAUGGCCAAACCCUGCUUGAAACAUUCAUGGAAAAACUAGGUUGA